GAAAAGACGUCUUGUACUCAAAAAGGCAUACUAAUCGUCACUGUUGUGACAUAUACAGUUACAUUAGGAUUUGUUAUUAGGGCUCUAAAAAUAAUCGCUGACGCUUUUAGUGUAGUUAAAGAUGUCUACUCCAGCUAGAAGGCGACUCAUGCGAGAUUUUAAGCGGCUCCAGGAGGAUCCGCCAGCCGGAGUCAGUGGAGCUCCAUCUGAGAACAACAUCAUGGUGUGGAAUGCAGUCAUAUUCGGUCCAGAGGGAACACCUUUUGAAGAUGGUACCUUCAAACUCACAGUUGAGUUCACAGAGGAAUAUCCCAACAAGCCCCCAACUGUGCGGUUUGUCUCAAAGAUGUUUCAUCCAAAUGUGUAUGCUGAUGGCAGUAUCUGCCUAGAUAUUCUUCAGAAUCGUUGGAGUCCAACUUAUGAUGUUUCUUCUAUUCUGACAUCAAUCCAGUCCCUUCUAGAUGAGCCAAAUCCCAACAGCCCUGCAAACAGCCAGGCAGCACAACUGUAUCAAGAAAAUAAGCGAGAAUAUGAGAAACGGGUGUCAGCGAUUGUAGAGCAGAGCUGGAGGGACAGUUGACCACAUUCACAAACCAUGUUCUCGCUGAAACUUUGUUUUCCUUUUGUUUGGCUCUGUUGUUGGAGGAUAGUUUUUCUAAUCUCCAUUUUUAAGUUUUUAUGCACUUUACUCAUGCAAGAUUGUGAUUUGUUUUGUUUUAUUUCUCUCCCACAUUGGACUGGUUUUCAGCCCUCUUUAAGAUCGCUGAAAGGGGAAAUACCCCUGGUGUAUAAGGCUCGACUAAUUUUGCAUCCGGCAUGAACAUGCAGUAAUUGUCCUUUUUUGCAAAAUGCAUUAGCAUCUCUAAAAAAAACAAAAAAACAAAACAUUAUGGAUGAGUCAAUCAAGGCGUUCUAAUCUGGAUACAUGACUCACUAAAAGACUUUAAUCUAAGUCAUAGUAGUGUUGAUGAAAAUGUUCUUGGUGCUUCAUUGUCAAUUUUAAUAUCAUGGUUUCACUCAAAAUGCAGUUAAAAGUGUCCUUUUAAUUUCUGUUUUGCUUCCUUUUCUCUUGAUUCGUUAUGCUGGUUUAGUCACGACUCUUCUUGGCUCUGCCAGAGGCGGGUUGGCAUGGUACCACAUGCGUGGUCAGAAUCUCCAGUACGCACUGAAAACACAUAAGAUGUUGAUAGACGGAUGUGAGGGUUUAUAUAAAUGAUCAAAUUAUGUUGACACAAAAUGGCAAUAUGGUGUGAAGUAUAAAAUAUAUAUAUUUACUAGUCAAAAAAAAACUGAGAUUUGCUGGAGUUACUCCAAGAUAAAAAAAUUUAAAUAUAUAUAUAUAUAUAUCCUUCUAAAUCCUAUAGAGAUAUACGUUAACUGCAGUUAUUUUCAUGGCUUGCAUCACAAGUCCAAUCAAUCAAGUCAAAUAAUGUCUUCAGGUCUUUUCCCAAACCCUUAAUCUUUGCAGAUGUAUUCCCUGUUACAUGCAUGAAUGACUGAGUGUGUCCUUUCCUCUACUAAUCUCUUGUAUAUACAAAUCACAUCAGAAUUUUGUGUACAGAUUUUGCACUGGUAGGCAGUCUCAUUUUCCAGCACUUGUAAAUAGGCUACUUAAAUAAAAGGUGAAACUAUC